GGCCACAUCCAACCUCCAAACCACGUUUCCACGCCAUUCAGUAGAAACAGCAGCAAUAACAACAACAACUAGAAGGGGAAAUACAACGCGAUUUUCACGAAAUUUUCUUACGUAGUGUUUUCCAUGAGUGUGGCGUGUAGUGGAUUUCGGAAACUCGUCCGCGGUCACGCAUUGUCCCCAGUUGUCAGUGCUACCUAAAACAGGAAAUUUAUCCCAAGGCAUGCAUCUGUCUACGAAACACUACAACUCCAACCGACAGUAGAAUUAACCUCAACAUUUUUGAGUGCAACACACUAUAGUGCUGAAAGCGUUAUGUAACUGGAUGGAGCGCGGCUGCUCUCGGUAGUGAAUGUCCGUCCGUCUGCGAAAAGCGAAAAAAAGAAUCAAAUCAUCCCCCGCAAACGAACGAAUCGGUAUAAACUCAGCCCGUAGCCCGUACUAAAUAUGUUGCAGGAACUGUUCCAGUGAGUUACGAUUACUACAGUCGACUAUCGCAUCGCCCACCGCGCGAGUGUGCCAACAAACAGCCUUCGCCCUUGAUCCCAACAUUUUUUCCGCCCAUCGAUUGAAAUACACAACCUUCAUCGGUUCGGCUCUUGUUGGUGUGCGCGUGUGUAUGUGUGCUGUGCUGUCGGCGAGGGAAAGCGGAGAAGAUUCGGUUCGAGUCAGCUGAUCUGUUUGCCGGUUGAGAAACGUGAAAAUUUGGGCCAUUGCCGAUUCCGUGAAGUAGAAGAAUCUUGUGUGGUCGGUCAGUUUCUUGUUCGGUGUUCUGUGACGACGAGGGAAAACACUCAUUCGUUUCCAGUGAAGAAAAAAGGAAGUGGAGGACUGUUGACCCCCGCGGCGCCCACCCACCCCCCGCAAACAAGCAACGAUGAGUCAAAAUUUCAUCAAUUUCUCCGAAAUUAGAGAUCUGCGAACGGCUUUCGACCUGCUGGAUAGGGAUCAGGAUGGCCACGUGACGCCCGAAGAGUUGCAGUUUAUGCUGCGGAAUCUCGGCAUCCACGUGCGCGACGAACUCAUCGACGACUUACUGCGGGAAGCCAGCCGAACAGGCAGCGGACUGAUAGACGAAACCGAGUUCCUCCAGUGGGUGGCCCGGAUCCAGGCGCUCAAGGAAGACAGCAACACCAGCAAUAGUAGCAGCAGCAGUAGCGGCAACAGCACCACCCAGGCAGCUGACGAUGACCUCACACAGGAUCUGGUUGCUGCCUUCAGGGUAUUCGAUCGGGACGGCAACGGUUACAUCACACGGGACGAGCUUAAAUCGGCGAUGGACAUGAUCGGUGAGAACGUCACCGAGUACCAGCUGAACGAGAUGCUGGAGCUGGCGGACGCCGACAAAGAUGGCAAAAUCAACUACGAAGACUUCCAGAACUUUUUCCUUAACAAUAUCGACACAUUCGUGCAGAGCGGGCGGAAGUGAGGAUCCGAUUGUGGUCAAGGAUUAAUAGUGUUGAGACGUUUGUUGUUCUAGCGAUAGAAAACCCGGAAACAGGUUAUUGCCAAUAAGUUGAACAUUUUCAUUCGAAAUAAUUUGUAAGCCUAGUGUUAAGCCUUUGUUACUGGAAGUACUACUAUUAUCCUAUCAUCCAACUUGUAAAUACAUCGGAUCCAACGAUCCCAUAAAUGGAAUUCGGGAGUUGUAGGUUCUGCAGAGAAGUCACCGACAACUAUGGAAAUAUUCAGAAUUCGCCCGGUUGCUGCUGUAAGAACCGUUGUAGAACUAAGAUCCCCGCACAACCACCCCUCACGAAGCGGAAGCGGCGAAACGGCGUCGUGAUAGGAGAUCCCAAUGGCGGUGUGGUCGGCAUCAGAGACACGACACCGGAGGAGGGGCCUCGGGCCGACUCCUUUUUUCCCGGGCCGGGGUCUCAUAUCACUGCGACUGUGGAAGUAUGCAUGCGGCGUGGAAACACGAACACAAAAUAGAAUUGAGUUUGAUUUUUAGCGGAGUGUUUUUUUGCAAUUUAUUGCAAUAUAUCGCGCGAGAUAGUGAGACAGAGAGCAAGAGUUAUCACGGAAUGAGAAUAUUUUAUACGCAUUGUUGAAUACAUAAAUCGAAAUAGUUAUGAGCGGCGGGACAUAUGAAGCAAAUUGACAGUAACACAUACAGAAAGACAGUGUCUAGUUAUCUAUGUGCAUAUUGUUAUUUAAAAAUUGGAUAUUAUAUUAGCGUUAAGAGCAUAGUUAGCAUAGUGUCGUUUUUAUCAUUUUGCCCUUUUGUUCGUUUGAUUGUUGUUGUUAUUAUCAAGAGGUGCAGCAGAUAGAUACAUUACGAAUAAAAAAACAUUGUUAAAAGUAAAAUUGAAAUUCCUAGCAUUAAACUCCAUAAUACUCCAGAUUAAUAAUCGAACGCAUCAUAAAACCCAGCGCAGGUAUAGCGAGUUUGAGGUUAUUCUUAACGAUAACAACUAGAGAAACUAUUCAGCGUAGAACUGUAUGUUUUGUUACUCGUGUAACCCCAAAUAUGUAUUUGCACGACUGAUCCAUUCAAGUUUCAAGUUUUGUCCAAGCAAAACAAAACUAUUUCUUGAACCGAAUUUGUGAAUUUUCAAAGUUAGGUUUGUUUCUAAUUCAACUCAAGAGGAAUACAAACGAAACAAAUGUGGGAAAAGCAUAUACGUUUACUGCUAUAAAGAAAUAACAAACAUUAGCAAACAAUAUUGGAACAAAUAUCAUACACAUAGGUACGAAGAAGUAUAAAAAAACGCAGAUUGAAAUUUCCCAUGAGCAACUAAAUUAAUUCAUCAAAGAAACCAAGUGUUACAAUACUAGUCACAGAUUGUGUGCUCGUGAGUUCAUUGUUCCAAUGCACACGAACACUGCUAGCUGCUGAUGUUUGCUUCGGGUAUUAUUGUUUAUUGACCAAAGGUAGUCUAGAUUAUUGAUGUGACUAAAGGAUCCGGCGGGCCAACGUUCCCCCAGAAAAUACUGGAAAGUGGAUGAGCGGCAAUCGUGUCACAAUAAUAGCGGCACCUAGCAUCCGAUAGCGAAGUCUUCGACUAUGGUAUGGAGUAAUGAAGCUUAUCUCGCCAUUGUAAGACAAAUCUGACGAGGUCAAUAAGCCGGUUGCUGACCCGACCCUCUCCGAUAUUUUUGAAACCUUGUGCAUACGAUGGCAACUGCCCAAAAUCACAAUUUUCAUUAUCAUAUGACCAGUUUUAAUUACGACUGAUUUUUUAGAAGGGUGUAUCCAGAAUCAUUAUCCUUUUUGGCAUAGAACUAUGUAUUUGAUUUCUAUAUAGGGGGAUCACUCUACGAAAAAUGUAACGAUUUAUUAAGAGCAUAUUACUCAAAAUGGUUAUUGCGACAUAUGUUGUGUUGUAUACCAUUAGACAGGAAAUUUAUCCGGAUUUUUUUUUGCUUAAAACAUGAACAGUGAAUAUAGUAAAAAAAGUUAACAAUUUGACGAUUUAAUUGGGUAUGCUUUCUUUUGAUUUCACUAUCCACUCGCUUCCUCCCCGAUGCAACGAGCAAUCUUUUUGCCUAAUUUCGGGCGUUAGCUCAUAAUGUGAGUUGAUGCGUAAAAUGAAUUAUAUUCCAUUCGCCGAUAAUAGGCAUUACUUUUAUAUUAUAUUGUAUGUUGUCCAAUCAAUUUGUGCUCAAUUCAUGUUUUUAUCGUGUAGGUCUCACUACUAACAUUUUGUGUAAUUGUGGUCCAGGAUGUCAUAAUAUCGAGUAUGUUGUUUGGUUAUGUAAAAAUGCAAUAAAAAUUUUAUAUGGCUGCUGAUUUAGAAGAUCGAAAGGGUAUACCCACGUAAAAAGAUUAUGAUAGCUUGAGUAGUCGCGAUCUUACAGGGCUAGAAAGUUAUUACAAACAAUGUUCCGGACAACGUGGUAACGAAAGGAGAUCAUGCUAUUUCUAUCUAUAAUAUAUUUUUGUAGUCAUAGAUUGAUUUGACUCAGGCUUAUGUUUAUGUAGGUCUUAACUAUUUAGACAUGUGUUUAAAAAUGAUACAUGAUGGCCCUUUGUCUUCCUCUGCAUGAUUGAAUAAAUAGAAGAAAAGGGUAGUAAUGACUUUGAUGGUAUUUUUGUGUACAUUUUUGAACAGAAUGCGGUACCGAAUUCUACCACGUUAUGUCAUCUAACCCGUUUGAAGGAUACAAGUACAUACAGAAAACGGUUUUCCAGGGCAUCCAUUUGAUGUAUCAAAAGAAAAAAAAAUACAGAUUUUGAAAAAUGAAAAACUCAAUUUAAAUGCAAUUACUACACACAAUCGCAGUCCUAUAUCAAGAUCCCGUCCGUGCCCCUAGGCUCAGACCCAUCAACUUUUUUUAUUAAAUCGUGACUCAAAAACCAGACGUCCAAUUAUGAUCUGCGGCAAAGCUGUAGAGAAAUUAUUGAACAAUUUAGUAAAAAAACACCUUGAUACACCGUUAAAAAUCAUACUCAAAAAUUUAAUUCAUUGUAAAUCGAAUUCUAUAUCUUGAACGAUCCUCCCUUCGAUAUUUUUAAAUGUAUUUUUGUUAGAAAACCCUUUUAAUCUUCAAAACGGAGAUAUGACUAUUUAUAAGUCUAUUAAUCGUUACCAUUAUGGAAAGGUCAAUGAAAAAUUUAAUGUACAUGCGAUUCUACAUGAAAAACUAUUUAUAACAUUUUAUCCUAGGACUAACCGUUUUCAAGGAAGGAAGGAAGGUAUUGAAUUAGAGAGACUUUAAACUCUGAGAGUUCAUUCGUCUCUAACGUUAUAACUAAUUUCAUUUAAUGAAAAUAAUGUUGUGUGAAAUUUCUAUACAGCAUCGGAACCUUUGUCGUAAUGUGCAGCAGUUGUAUUGAUUCUCUUUUAUUUCAUGUACAUGAUUUCCAUUGUAUAAAAUUGAUCGACUAACUCGAGAACGGUUAGCCCAAGGGUAAAACGUAACAUAUACUUUUUAUGUAGAAUGACUAGAUUUAGAGCCACGAUUCAAAAAAAUAAGAAUGAUUCUAAAAUUGGUCAAAUGAUAAUGAAAAUUGUGAUUUUGGGUGGUUGCCAUCAUGUGUAUAUAUAAAAUCUGCCGGCUGAUUCGGCAUGGAAUUGAUCUUGCUCUUAACAAAACCUGCAACAAAUAAACAUUGGCUCCCUCUUUCUUAUAAUUUCCUUUCGCUCGGGAAGUUCCUUCCUCUAAUCAUUUGACAACGAUGUUUGCUUCUCAUUACCCCAGGCCGGCGGAGGGAUGCCCAGUUUUCUUGUUUCCCUUAUCAUGUAGAGAAAGGAACAAGAUUCUUCAUAAUAGAUCCGCUAUUGUGCCCGCGUGGUCCUUCGGGAAUAAGCGUUCCGAGCUCUCGAAUUCUGCAAAGAUUAUUCAGCAGUUCCGAUGGUGGUGUAACGUCAACACACCUGGAGUCCUGCACACCCUAGACACAUUGCCGGGAACUGACGACAUAUGUGAAGAUCUACUUGUUAGUCGAAGGCCAACGGAACCUGCGACCGAGGAGCGUCUGGCGGCAACGUGGAUUGCUCAUCUGCCGGCAGCGGAUGUCCCUAGGCGUGUCAACAACGAUCUAGCGUUGGCGUUCUCUUUCUGUUGAGGAACGAUGAAUUCCUCCCUCUAGAUCAAACGCUGUUGCAUCGCCGUCUGGUUCAUUCUUCCGAUCAACAACUUAGUCAUGUUAGCAUGAUGAGGUCCACGAUCGUUGUGUAUCCGAUCCGAAAUUUCCUCCGUAUUCGAUGUGUGGCCUGGUCCAUUUACAUCUCUAGUAACGUCUGUGUAGCCUUGUUGUCAGCUUCGAAGAUUGAGCGUUCGGCUCGGUAGUCUACUUCGCGAUCUAUUUUAAUGUUCUGGAUCGAAUUUUCCUCCCGUUAUGGCAGGCAGGAACGUAAGACGAGACUGUAGUCAUUGGAUCCAUAUUUUUUUCAGAAUGAGGGCGUCUCAUGAGACUCGGAACGGUUUUCACGCGAGGCAAGGCCUCGUUUUGACACCCAAAUGGCCGAAGUUGAUCAAUUAUGUGUAGGAGUGUUCUCGGAGAUGGUUGAUCCCAUCCGCUGCUGGACUCUUAUCGAUUGAAGAUCCGCUUGUCAGCGGUUGAUGCAUGAUGCAAACCAGAAUGUGUUCCCCUAACACGGACUACUGAAUGGAACAGCCUGACGAAAUCGUUAUUCAGAUACAUGCACUUGUGCACACCGGGAUACAAAAGCGGGUACCGAGGCUUUAUCAUCACGAUCAGGAUGUAAGCAAGAUACGAUGAAUUUCGAUGUCAUCGGUCCUUGUCAGGGCUACCAUCUGCUUGUACUAGAGGGUUCAUUCAUAAAUUUCCUAGUACUACGCUAACAAUGCGGUCGUGUCUUCGGCACCGCCUCCUAUGUUAUUUAAUACUGAAAUAUUUUUUCAACUGUUUUUGCGUUAUCCGCAGUUACCUUACCACCCAAAUCCGCGGAUAAUCGGAAUUCUACACCACAAUGUUUGACUGUUGGAACCUGGUAUCUUGGAUCUUCGAACGAUAUCUGAUGGAAAUAACUUGAUGUUACUUCCACUGUACACUUCCAACUUGUACACAGUAUAUUCUCGCAAUCAGCCUUCCACUAACGUUUGAAUUAUCUGAUAAAACUCAAGCGCGCCUUCCAGUUCUUGAUAAAUAUCAGCAGCUUCGCGUCACAGAGACUCAGUUUACACCAUCUAGGCGUGACACACAUCGGGUUAUCGGUCGAUAGGCUUCAGGUUUAUUGACUAACAUUGUUUUAACCUCCUCUGAAUGCAGUUUGUUGUUUAGCAUUUCGGUUGCCAACUGUUGAUAUUCAUCAAUGCUACAGUAUACUACAAUUAUCAAUCAGAAGUAUCUUGAAGUAACAAGCCAGACACAAAUUAGUGUAUUAACGGAUGUUUUCAGGAUACGAUCUGUGUUUGAAAAUACAUUUGUUCAUUACUUGGACGAUAAUAGAUUAGUUAUUUUAACAUAUCGCUUUACCUUCUACUUGAAUGCCUUGGUUCACACCAGCAUUACGCUGCCCAUUUUCGCAUAGACGACGUAAUCACCAACACCAUUUGUGUUCUGAAAACGCAACGUUUUUUGAUAUUUUUUAGCUUGAAAGCAGAACCAUGCACAUUUCCAAUUGAAAAAUCUGUCCAACUAAUGAAUAUUAUCGGUAAAAAGACAACCUAGGAGAUGAGGUGAAUUAAAACAUACUUUUUCCAUUUGGAAAAUACUUACGUCAAACGUCAAUUUAUGCAGACAAUCAUCCACUUCAAUGAACAUUUGCUCGCAUAGUUUCACGUAAGCACUAGGCUGUUUCGUCUGUAGUAUUAGCAUUCACAGCAUUCCGAAAAUAGCCAUAACGUCCUCAUCGGUAGUCUCAGUGGAUGUCGAAUAAAAACAAGUAAACUUGGAAGAAAUUUCAUGAAAUAUCUGAAAGAGGUGCUCCGGAUUUGUUGUGAGUCUAUAAUAGUUAUGGAAGGUAAAAUUUAUCCAAUUCAUAGGCCACGUCAAUAUUCUUUUGAUUUCAUUAUUCAUCUGAUUAUUUUCAUUAUAACAUUGAUGUUUCAUUGAAAAUUUCUUCUUUACGUUCACGCGGUGCUGUGAACAGAGAAUAGUAAACUAUACUAACAGGCUUUUCAAUGGUUUCUCAUAUUCAUCUAUUAGAAAACGGUAAAUAAUAGGAUACUAUCAAUAUUCAAAUGUAGAUGUAGGCUAAUAGCCUCAAAUACUGAUAAUUGUUAGUUUUCGAACUUAAGCUUAAAGAAUUUUUUUCGUUCCAAGUUAUUUAUGACCAUAAUCAAUUUGCCAAUCGUAUAUUGACUCAUUAAAACGAUCCUAUGACUAAACCGAUUAUACUGUUCCUAACUUUGUUCUACCGCUCAUCAAUAAUAUCAAUCACUCCUUUCAAUUAGAAAGUUCUCAAUUUUGCGAACUUCAUAAUGAGAGAAGACUGUUAUCAUUGAUCAUGUUGGGUAGCUUAUGCUUGGAGAGCUAAGUGCAACGAUUCGUUGAUGCUGACCUUGAUGUGAAAAAUUUUGAAGACUUCCUGAAGAAGCCUGAGGAUGUUUGCGUUGAUAUCGAUGCAGAAGAAGCUGAAAAAGGAUUGGAUGCAGCUAGGAAGUUGAUCUUUAAAUCGAUUCGUCGUGACUUCUAUAUUAAAAUGGUGAAACAUUCGUUGAAACAGGUAAUAGAAAAGGCUUGGGUUACGAAUUUUGGCUACUCAAGUCGAAUAUAAAUAGUAAUUCCAUGGGGCAAAUAUUGAGUGAGUCGGAUAUAACUUGGUCCCAGAUGUUGGAUAUCGAAAGGCGCGAUGGGAAAUUCUUGUAUCCAUUGCUAAGGUCGUUUGUAAGACAUUUUUUGCGGCUCUCCAAAGCUAAUAUCUUAUAAAUAAAUGAACUGAAAAAAAAGACAAGUGUUGAGCGAAUAUUUUCGCUUUACCACUUUACCACCAACAAAACAAAAUCCUGGAAAUCGAUUCGUUCACACAAUUAUGGACUUUAUUUUGAAAGCGAGGAACCAUGUAUCGGCUCAAGGAGAAGCGUCAAAGAUGAAGUUGAAGGAAACUUUGAAGGCAAAGUACAACAAAACCACGUAAAAACAUCGUACAAUUUAGAGGCGAAAAACUUUCCUAUGAUUUAUUUUGUUGUAUUGUCACGACUUCAACAACCCAUAAAUAAGAAAAAUAAGUUCAAAGUGAAAAUGAAGUUUUAUUUUCAUUUUUUUUUCUUCCCGAUACAGUUUUUUUAUACAGAUUUUUUUGGCUAAAAAUACAGAUGUACAGAUUUUUUCAGAAAAUGUUACAGAUUUAAAUGUGGCAACCCUGGAUAGCUGUAAGGAACUACGUCAGCUAUACGUUAAAUUUUAUGUGGAGGCGAUUUGGCGUAGUGGUAACAUUUGGUGUAGUGGUAACCUCCAUACCUCUCACGCAGAGAUCACGAGUUCAAUUCUCACUCCCGACAAAGUGACGAACCAGCCGAAAUGUGUUGAAAGUCACUAUAACAGAGAAAAAAAAACCUUUCUUUUUAUAGUGAAUUUCAACACUUUGGUUGGUUCGUCAAUUUACUUCCAUUUCGGAAAAAUGUCAGGAGUGAGAAUUGUGAGCCUUGAGUGAGAUUAACACCAAAAGUUAACCGUUAGCACAUGUUUUGGCAUCCCGAUUUAUUAAAUUAAAUGAGCCUAAAAAUAACAGAAAAUGCGCUACUCCUCAACACUUUUAUAUCAUGUGUAUAAUAUAUAUGCUAUUUCAAUAGAAAAUCAAUUUGAGCGAGCAAAACAGGAGACACAUUGCAAAUAAGCUUUUCGUAUAGUUUGCCGAAUACACGACCGAGACCGAGAUGGAUAUAGAUCUCAUUUAUGCUCUCCUUUUUACUAUCAGCAAACACUUUCUGAUUAUUAUUACUGAAUAUCAUUACGCAAUUAUGCAACAGCAUCAGUAGCUAUGUGGAUAUCGUGGUAGUGUUGAACAACCUUGCAUUCUAGCCGGUCUUGGUUCGAUCCCCGUUUACAUCGUUUGGAAUUUUUCUUUUGGGUGCAAUUCCAAAAGAGAUGAAAAAAGAAAACAAAAGAGAUGUCUGUUCCCAUACGUACAAACAUUUUGAAGCUUUUGAGACAGAUGAUUUUAAUUGCUCAUUUGACACGAAAAGGCAUCUUUUCUGCCGAAGACGAAAUUCUAGCAACGCUAGUUUGGGUGUACAAAUGCCAGAUCGCCUCCCUAAAAUAUGCAUCUAAACUGUGAUUAUUCGGGAAGGUUUUUUUUCUAAAUGGCUCGAAUGUUUUCGAUCAAAGAAUGUUUGUUUGCGUGUCGCAGCAUAGCAUACGUUGUGUAGAAUGCGUAGUAACCAAGAAGUCGAUUUUGUCCAUUUUGUCACUUACGUCACCUAUACGAACAUGGGCAGUACGACUCUUCCCUACUUCAUGGAUGGUUGAAGUUUAUCACCGGAGAUCUAUUUAUCGAAAGAUUUUUUUUUAUUUUUGAUCUGCAUUUGUAGAUCCAACACGCCAUUCAUAUGCUGUUUAUACGAUAAAGUGUACGAUUUUCGAAAUCCGUUUAAACUUCCAUUCGAAAUUCGUUUAAACUCAUUUUCCCUUUUCGUGAAACGGGGGUUAAUUUUCUGUUGUGUAGUAACAAAUGAAGCAAUGUGUCAUCUCAUUUAUAGUCUAGCUGUUUAGGCGAUGAUUCUGACAGAUUGAACACCAACAUAAACAUUGAUUCCAUGGAUGUUUCAAAUGCUAGAUAUCGUCAUAAGUAAUCCUAGGCGACAAGCAUCGUUCAUUAGUCUUCCCAUAUAUGGUAGUACUCCAGGGAGCGGAAGUGACUUUUCUGAUAAGAAAUCAGAGACUAACCUGAAGAACUUCAGUUCAUCCUUCAACUCUAUUUUACACGGUCCACCAAUUCAAACGAAUGGAAUGGGUCUUCUGCAGACCACUUUUUGUCGUUUUGACAGUUAACCACCAGUUCUCCGAUGAAUGGCUCCCAACGCUGACAUGCGACCCGCCGGUGAAAUUGGCAGCAUCUUUGAAAUCGUACGACCUUGUCAUUAGCUACAGGGAGCUGAACUUCUUGGAGUUGGUGCAGUCUCGCGGGCGGAGGCUACUAAUUUAAAUACCCUGAUUUCGGCUGAUUUGCAGCUUAUUGAAUGUCCGGCUUCAGAGAGUGUCAACGGUCCGCAUUCUGGUCCUUCUUGGACAGUGGUAAUCGCGACCAAUCUUGCUAAACGACAUGUGAAAAUUUAAUCGAUUGAAGAACGCAGAGAAGCAAAACUAUUCAAAAUUUGGAGAAAAAAUCAUGUUUGGGAACAAAUGAAAAAAAAAAACAAAACGGUUGCGUUAAGACCCUGAAAAAUUAGUCGAUCAUGGUUUCAUGGUUACCCUAUACGCAAUCAAUUUCUUCAAACAAUAACACCCGAAGCAGGCACAUAUGAACCGGCAGCUUCCACAUGUUUGCUCACGCAAUAGUUUCACGCACUGUAGCAAUAACCUCACCAAUAAUGAUCCGUUCGGGAAUAAAAUCCAAAUGUAGCAACGCGUAUUUACCCUAUUAACACCAACCUUAAUCACACCCUUAAUCGUAAGAAUGUGUGAGUGUUGCACAAAGAACCUGACGUAACGACUGUGUGAUCUAAACGUCAUCGGUUAAACCCAGUGUGCGAUUGUCAAUCCACAACACACGAACACGGAAAAUUAAACCGAAGCAAAAACAGUUCGAGCGAUGUCACUUACUAUUAUAAUCGUAAUGUUACGUAGUUGUUGUUGAUGAGCAAGUGAGCAAGAAGAAAACAAUCUGAAUAUAACCGUUAGAUUGGCUAAAUAUCUAAGGGUGAGUUCUCCAUCGGGGAGAAAUUACAGGAAAUCAAGUUGAUUUCUUCCCAGUGGAAACGCACCAUAAGACAGUUAAAACGCUUUUUAUACACGCGCAUUUUUGCCCACAAGCCCAAGUUAGGCCAGGCCUACUUUAUGAAACCAAAAAUGGGCCCAACUGUUGCAAGAAACAAAAAAUACGGUCAAAUUGGGUUUCAAAACAAUAAAACAAAUAAAUUGAAUUGACUGAUUUUUACACGAAAAAAAAGAUGAAUAAUCUAUAAAAAUGAAAUUAUUACGGUUAUUAUAUAAAAAAGUAUAUUAUCAGACACAAAAAAGCAAAAGGGCUUAAGGUCGCUGAAAUAUUUUUAGAAGCAUUGUUUUAGAAAAAUUCGUUCCAAUAUUUCGAAAGCAAGAUCUGCGCAGCUAAAUUUUUACUGCGGGACACGUCCACAAGAAAACACCGAGAGAGAAAAACACCCGUGUAUUUCCAUUUUUCCUCCCUGCAUCCGACAUCCGAUCACUGCACCCAAAGGAAGUUUUUCUCUAAGCAGUAGCAAAAUGUAAUAUUCCCCACCCGCACUGCACUUCUAGCCAGAAUUUUCUCCAAAGAGACAUUACAAAUGUUCUAAAAGAGCAGGAACACGAAUUUAUAUUCGCCGCACUUUUUCGUUUUUCGGCGCGUGGUUAUUUACAGGAACUCUCAUUUGUUAUGUUAAAUAAGCUAUUCAUUAAAUCAGUUGCGACUAGGUAAAUACUCACUAUUCAAAUGAUACAACCGAAUACCCGUUUCGAAUCCAGAAGCUAACCUACGUGGUAGAAGUUUAAAAAACAUAUUCAAACGGAAUGAUUGUAUUUUUCGAGACCUUUUCAUGUAAAUACUUAAUAUAUAUUGCGUUCUGUCUUCUAUUGAAUGUCUAUCCAGCUAUAGAAGCAAUUGAAAAAAUAACAUAUAGAUACAUAUAUCCUAACAAAACUAAACCUAGUCGAGAAAAAAAUAUCUAAAAGACGGUACGGUUGACCACAGUCAACACAGGGCUAGAGCCGAAUAGAUAAAAAAAAAAUCGAAUUAGGCUCAACCUCCGCUUCGAAAAAUCUUAUAAGUUUCUCAUCGCAGCCUAUAGCAGCAAAAACAUAUCAGUUCUGGUAACUUUCUUUCGUCAAUCGCCGAUUUGAGCAUUUUCGAAGGUUGCCCCCCUAAAGUUUCGACACCAACAAAUAGAAAGCACUCCCACACAAAACCCCACAGCCCCUAGAACCCUUAGAAAAAUACCAAUAAACGUAGCGUUUGAAGAGAUCAAACCAAACACACAGUCAGCAGAGAAAAAAGUAAACUUUUAAAGAAUAAUAUCGUGGCCUUUAUAACAAAUCAAAGCGACACGGAAGAAAGCAAACACAAAACAAACAAUUGUGGGGGAAGAAUCAUUGUUACAUUUUUUUUUUUUUUUUAUUAACGCAGCGUUUUCGCCAAAUAAGUUAUCGGUAAGUUUUGUUUGAAGAUAUUUUUGAGAACGAUUUCAUAUUUGUAGAUGAAAACACAAGAGGAAGAAACACGCAAAGAUGACUAAUUUGAAUGAGUAUUGUCAUUUAAAUUUGCGCUGAUUUUAUUGAAAUUUCGCGUGAAAAAAAACCAAUAAUAGAUUAAACAACAAAUAUGAAAUACAACAAAUUAAGGUGGUGUCAACAGCGCGAUCUUGAAGCGGGGUUAUAAAUGUGUUGAUCGAAACCAAAUUGAAAUAAACAAAUAAUUAUAUCAAAUCAACAAAUGAAAGGAAUACAACAAAAAAUAUUCGCGUAAAAAAGGGUGAAAUAGAAUAAUAAUGGUUGUUAGAUUUAUUGUUUGUACCGAGAAAAAGCGAAAUUGUUGACGCCAGGCAGUUGGGUACUGCGUCCAACAGUGCUGCCGAACGGUAACUGAAGAUGAAGACACCACAAUGCAGCAGUUUCGAUGUAAACCAACGGAAUAAAAUGAUAAGGUGAUAAUAAAUCAUGCUAUUUUACUGAUUA